CUGUCUCAAUCCGUCCUUACUAGUAUCAGAGCCUUGCUUUUGCGUCCUUACUGGUAUCAGAGCCUGGGGGGGGGGGGGAGGGUUAGUCUAAAUCUUCUUGCUUAUUGUUAGUUGAGAGAUGGGUUAGAUCCUAGCUGAGUCCUUUGUGAGAGAGUUGUAAGACCGUCUUUGGCUGUUAACCUAUCUCACCCGAGUUGUAAGACCGUCUUUGGCUGUUAACCUAUCUCACCUGUGAGAUAGGUUAACAGCCAAAGACGGUCUUACAACUCUCUCACAAAGGACUCAGCUAGGAUCUAACCAUGGGGUACCCAUCUCUCAACUAACAAUAAGCAAGAAGAUUUAGACUAACCCUUCCCCCCCCCCCCCCCCCCCCCAUGAAUCCACCAAUCCAAUUGGAUUUGGAUUAAAUGGAUUGGAUUUAAAUGGAUUGGAUUAGGUGGAUAUUUUUAAUGGAUUGAUGGAUUGGAUUGGUGGAUUGAAAUUGCCACCUCUACUCCUGCCCAUUUUAUUUAGGAAAAUCAAGUUGGGCUAUCUUGGGCUUGAAGAACUAACUCUUUUCUUCUCUCCCAUUAAUUUAUGGCACAGUUGGUCACACCUGGCUUGGCCCAGCUGCAUUCAAUUUCCCUGGAGCCCAAUCAUUGUCUGGAUCAUUCCCCCAUGCUCGUCCCAAUCAUAGGAGAAACUAGAUGGCCUCCUCCCUUCUCUCCUGGCCCAUAUUGGUUGAAAUAACUAAGCCUGCCACGCAUGGAUCUGCCUCCCACUGAGCAGGCAGUCGGGCCCGACCCACCAUCCAAGCCCAUUCCUGUUGAACCGGACCACCCUACCGGCGAUGCCCCCAAUAAUCUAGCCCCUGCUACUGCUCCCACUAGCGAUUUUGAGAAUUCCAGUGGAGCUCCUCUAAACAUCAUCAUUGUUCGCGACGGCGGAACUCCUUCGCUGCUACCUACCCCCUUAACGAUGAGGUUUCCCCAGGCGGCCCCCUUUGCCGGUAGUCCCACGACACCAUCGCUUCCCAAGAAGCUAGCCUCGAUGACCCUUGUACCCUCAUUAUUGGUUACACCUCCAAUCCGAUAAGCUGGGAUAAGUUAUCGUCGACCAUGUCGGGUGUUGGCAUUCCCAUUGGUCCCUUCAUCUUCUCCUCCGCGGCAUAUGGUGUUGGUUCAUGGUUUCUGGCCGAGGUUUGUUUUGACUUUGCACUAUUAUCACCGCCCAUCAUAGCCGCAAACUUCUGAUCCAUGUUCGCAAGAGUUUGAGUUAUGGUAAGGUUGAACAUCCCCUACAUUUUGGCAAUCCCUUUGGUCACUGUCUUCUAGAGAUCGCGUUGGUUUUGGUCAAAGUUAUCCAUUUUCUCCACCAACUGACCCAUGUGUACUCCCGUAGCAUCGUUUUGCUCUUCCACAGCUUGGAGGCAAAGUUGGACGGGACCCUCGUCGGUUUCCUCCAGACUUGUCGCAGCUUGAGUCUUACCCACAAUCACGCCCGUCAUCUAACCGGGAUCUGAUACCAAUUUUUAUGUAGAUUCUUUGGAUAGAACCUCCCAUGCAACGUGUCCCGCAAGAACAUAAUGAUAACUAAAGAAAUAGACUUAGGACGAAGAGAAUUAGGGUUAGAACGAUCAGAAAUAGACUUUAGGACGAAAAAAACUUUAGACGAAGAACGAAGCAAGACUCAAGAGUUGGUGAUUUGGGUAUAAUUGUACACAUUUUACCCUCAUUUUACUUAGAUGUUUGAGACAUUUUGUACACCGUGAGGUUUUAUUUUACGGUAGGUUGUGCUUGUUUUUAGUAUGUUCCAUAUCCUAGCGAAAUCAACCUCUGGAACAAAAGGUGGACGAAAAGUGGCAAAAAUGGAUCAACGAGGAGCAAAUAGCAGGAGUUCAUGGUGUAGGCCAGAAGUUCACGAAAAACUAGAUCAUGAAGACAAGGCGCGGGCCGGGAAGUACGAGGUGUCCAGGAGGGUUUCUUCCAUCUCGCGGGCGUUCAGUAGUUCACGGCCACACGACCGUGAUAAUCAGCUCCAUAUCGUGAAGAGCCUUAAUGAAACGAAGAGUUUUUGCAAAGCAUCACAGUCCAGGCCAUAGUUCAUGACCGUGAACUAGAACCGCGAAAAGCUGUCAAUCUAGUGUGAGAAACUUCUUCUUCAGAUUUCUAUUGAGAGAAAGUGACGAACAAGAGAAAGGAAGAAGGUUAGUGUUUCAUCCAAACUCCAAGAAUUGGGAUUCUCAUCCUCAAAGGUUGAUCUCCACACCAAAGGAAGAAGGCAACCCUCUCAUGAUGAUCUCUUCUCUUCUCCUUUGUGUAAUCCCACUUUUUAGAAUUAUGUGAAUGCUUGUAUGGAUUGAAUGAUUUGUGUGUGGUUGUGUUUUAAUACAAGUAUUGAGGUAUUUUCAUGAAGGUUGUGUCGUGUUUUUGCAUUUCCAACUCUUAUGCCAAUUUGACCUAGGUAGAGGGAAAUCCCCUUCUUGUUAAUAGGCUUGUAAAAACUGGAAUUCGUUAGCCAAAUUGUGUCACCUGCUUAGGUUGAAUUAGGGCAAACCUCAUACUACGUAUUAUCACCUCGGGUAGGUUGUAUUUUGGCCGUCCGGACUACGGUUCGAGGGAGAAGCCUAAGCAACCCUUACUCGAUUGGCCAAAAGAGCUACCUUGGUAGCUUGAUUUGAUAUCCCUUGGCCUAGUGAUCAAGAGAGUGAAGCUUGUUCACCCUAUACUAAGCAGCCCUUUCUCAAUUAGUGUUCAAAAGUAUUUACUUUUCCAAUUGCUUUCAAUUUUAGUUCAUAGUUUCAACCAAAACUCGAUUGCUAGAUAAUAUUCAAACAGUUGAAGUAGGGGUAUAUGGACCUGCCAGGGUUUGACUUUUAAAACAUACUUACCCUAUAUUGAACCCGGUUAAGGUUUACACUUGGGCCUUAGUCGGGUUUUUUAUUGUGAUAUUCGGGACGAGUCAGUUGGGUUCCAAUAUUUACAUGACAUUAAACGAAUAAACUAGUACAUAUUUA